AGUCACGGAGUUGUUAUGGUAACAGGACCCGGCAGCUCAGUGAUCGCAGCAGCAGCAGCAGCAUCCAGAGCCGGCGGCAGUAGCAGCAGCAGCAGCAGCAGCAGCAGCGGGUACCAGGAGCUGAGGCUGAGAUCCAUAGCAGCAAGCACUGACUGCACACUCCAUCACCACACGCCGGCCUCCCUGAUGCCUCUGCUGCCGGGGUCUCCCGGUUCUCUCCCCGCUCUCUGCCUCCUGCUCCUCGCCGGUCUCCUAGUCUCAGGCGACCUCCCCGGGGAACCGUGCGGAGGCGAGUCGUGCGACAGCGGCGACACACAGUUUGUUACAGACCCCUGCGGAGAGAAGCCCUGCAUCCAUGGAAACUGCAGUGUUCACGGGGAUGGCUACGUGUGUAUUUGCAGCGAUGGGUACAAUGGGGUGAACUGUGAUUCUCAGCUUCUUGACUCCACAGAUGAGCCUGUCACUGAAAUGCCAGAAUUUGAUGAGACAACCUCAGAGCCCACCUUGGAAGUGCCUCACUCUCCAGCUGUAGUGACACUUCCAACAUGGAGACCAAGGGUGGGACAAAAGGUCACAGCCCUCCAAUGGGAUGAAGUUCAGAUAAUUCCAGAUGUUGCCUGUGGAAAUGCCAGUUCUAACACUUCCUCUGGAGGGCGACUGGUGACUUUCGAAUCACCAGAGAACACAUCCGUGAAAAUCUCCCAGGAUCCUACUGCUUCCCUGAUUCUCCUAUGGAAAGUGACAGCUGGAGGCUUCAACCAAUGUUCUCUUAUAGAUGGUAGAAGUGUGACCCUUCUUCAGGCUCCUGGUGGCCUUGUUUUCCCAGAAGAAGUGAUAACUCUUGGAAACAAUUAUUUCAUUGGUUUUGUAAAUGAUUCUGUGAGUAAAUGCAUUGUGGCCUUACGUCUGGUCGUGCUGGUUAAAGUCACUGACUGCAUAGCCGAGGGAAGCAGCCCAGAGGCCCCGCACUGCUUUGGGAAGGGGGAAUGUGUAACCAAGAAAACCGAGGACACUUAUUCUUGCCACUGUGAAUCUGGUUAUAUUGGCACCUAUUGUGAAGAAUUUGAUGCCUGCCACAGUCAGCCCUGCAAGAAUAAUGCCACCUGCAGGGACCUUCUACAGAGGCAUGAUGGGAAAAAUGCAUCUUGCACUUGUUUGCCUGGUUAUACUGGUGAAUAUUGUGAGUCCCAGGUGGAUCACUGCACUCCUCAGCCAUGCAGAAAUGGAGCUACCUGUGUGACGAGUCUCAGCGGCUUCAGCUGCCACUGUGCAGAGGGUUUUAUGGGUUCCUUCUGUGAGGAGAAAGUCGAUCCGUGCUCCACGUCUCCAUGUCUGAAUAAUGGUAGCUGUUUCUCAGCAGGCCUCUCCUUCUCCUGUCACUGUAGUCCAGGUUACACAGGUCCCACCUGCGCUCAGCUUGUGGACUUUUGUGCCCUUAGUCCUUGUGCUCAUGGGAUCUGCCGCAGUGUUGGAACUAGUUACAAGUGUUUGUGCAUUCCAGGUUACCACGGACUGUACUGUGAGGAGGAAUACAAUGAGUGCUUGUCGGCCCCAUGUCAGAAUGGAGCUUCCUGUAGAGAUCUGGUUAAUGAGUACCAGUGCAUGUGUCCAUCGGAAUAUGAAGGCCGUCAUUGUGAGCUGUACAAGGACCCGUGUGUGAAUGUGAGCUGUCAGAAUGGAGGGACUUGUGACAGUGAAGGUCUCAACGCUACCUGUGUAUGUGCUUCUGGCUUUAUCGGAGAGAUGUGUGAGAUCGAUGUAAAUGAGUGUGACAGUAACCCAUGCCACCAUUCUGGCACCUGCGUUGACCAACCCAAUGGCUACAUAUGUCACUGCCCCCAUGGGUGGGUUGGAGCCAACUGUGAGAUCCACUUGCAAUGGAAGGCCGGCCAUAUGGCAGAGAGUCUAACCAACAUGCCCCGGCAUUCACUCUACAUCAUUAUAGGAGCACUGUGCGUGGCCUUCGUCCUCAUGCUAAUCAUACUUAUCGUGGGGAUCUGCAGAAUCAGCCGCAUUGAGUAUCAAGGAUCUUCUCGCCCUGCCUAUGAGGAAUUCUACAACUGCAGGAGCAUUGACAGCGAGUUCAGUAGCGCCAUUGCAUCAAUUCGCCACGCGCGAUUUGGGAAAAAGUCUCGUCCUGCCAUGUAUGACGCAACACCAGUAACAUACGAAGAUUAUAGCCCCGAUGACAAACCUCUCGUGACGCUAAUUAAAACAAAGGAUUUGUAGUCUGCCCUGCUCUUUUCUGGUAGAUGUCAGGAGAUGUGUGCAAUCAUCUUUUAAAUGGAUGAAUUAUUAAACUGACUAAUUAUUUUUAAGAAAAAGAAAAAUGAAUUUAACACCGGUUUCUCUGUUGCGAGAUUCAUUCAUUCCAUGCAUUAUUUGGGGCACAGUUCUACACAGCUGUGAAAUCAACCCGUUUUCUGCAAGAGUAGCGUUCCAUCUUCUCUGGCAAUAAACGGGUUAAACGGUUAAACCUAUUGGAAAUCAUAGAAUUCUUGGCAAAAUCUCUUUUUGUGUUAGCAAUGUUACCGUCUGAACAGUAUGCAGGCAUUACCUGUAGAGUUAGGAGACGUACGUAUAUAAUGCAUCAUUUAUCCGUUGAUAGGGAUAUUGAGUGUCUACAAUGUUUGUGUUGUGAAACAAAGUAAUCAAAGCCCAGUGGUUAAAUCUCUCUAACAAGAAUUUACUAGAUUUGUUCUUUGUUUUCAUUAUUAUGUUUUGCUCUUUUUUUUUUUUUUCUUGCAUGGUUGCCUAGCAAUAACCCUGCACUGUUUUAUAGAAACUGCUCUGCGUCAACGUCCCGGUCCAUUCUUCUGUUGUGUUGGUAAAACCAGCUCCUGUACAAAUGAUAAGAAGCAGAUUAGAACUAGGCCGAGCUCUUCUUUUUAUGUCAGACAGCAAGGUUUUUCUAUAUCGUGAGUAAGGCUUCCUGUUCUAGAUACUGCCGACUUACUGCAGAGGUAAUCUUCUUCUUAGCUCGUGGAUUGCAUUGUGCUGUAUUCUUCUUCAUAUGUGAUAGGCAAUUUCUUCUUUAUUAGAGACUUUUUCAGCUUUCUUGGAAACUUCAAAAUAUUCGGAAUAAAUGUUAUGAAAUUA